UAGUAACCCCACAAGCAGCAAGUGUUGACACUGCGACAGGUCAGAAAACGUGAUGUCCGUAUACCCCUGAAAAGUUGUUCGUAAACUUUCGUUUGUCACCUGUAGUUGUUUUUCCAAGAUGUCCCUGACGGUUGGAUUUGCAUGGAACCUUGUGUAGACGUGUUCGCAGUACUGAGUCCAUUGGAAGGCUCUGUCCAGGGUUUGUUUGUCCCACCGCUGCACCGUCUCUGUCUGCGACACAGCGAGUAGCUCCAUGGUCCGCUCCAAGUUCUUUACAACAGCCUCCAUGUGACGCUGCGAUCUGCUCUCAGAACAUUUGGACGCCAGUGACGUGGAGGUAACCACGAUGUGCAGCUCUCUGAAUCCCAAGCAGGUAAUUGGCCCAGACCUGACGGACAUGCAGCAGUACAACCAAUGGCUGACCAGCCGCCACGAAGCCAGCCUUCUGCCAUUGAAGGAAGACCUGGCCCUGUGGCUCACCAACAUGCUGGGUCUGGAGAUCACAGCAGAGAACUUCAUGGAGCGUUUGGACAACGGCUUCCUGCUGUGUCAGCUGGCUGAAACGCUACAGGAGAAGUUCAAGCAGAACCAGACCAAGAACCACAGAGAGGUGCCUGGCACCGGCCACGGAAAGGCCAUCCCGUGUCGGAGGAUCCCGUGUCGUGCCAGCGCUCCCUCUGGUUCCUUCUUUGCUAGGGACAACACAGCUAACUUCCUGACCUGGUGUCGUCAGGUGGGGGUGGGAGAGACCUGCCUGUUUGAGUCUGAGGGACUGGUUCUUCACAAGCAGCCACGGGAAGUGUGUCUGUGUCUCCUCCAACUAGGAAGGAUAGCAUCUCGGUACAACGUGGAGCCUCCUUGGCUUAUCAAGCUAGAGAAGGAGAUAGAACAGGAGGAGAUGGCACCUCUACCUUCACCUGUCUCCCUUUCUCCAACCCCCUCUCCAUCCCCCUCUCCUACCAAGUGCUCGUUGUCUAGCCAGAAGAGCACAGGGAAGCUGUUGGAUGAUGCAGUGAAGCAUAUCUCAGAGGACCCUCCCUGCAAGUGUCCCAAUAAGUUCUGUGUGGAGAGACAGGCCCAGGGCCGCUACCGCGUUGGAGAGAAGAUGCUAUUCAUCAGGAUGCUACACAACAAGCAUGUGAUGGUGCGUGUGGGAGGAGGCUGGGAGACCUUUGAGAGCUACCUUCUGAAACACGACCCAUGUCGGAUGCUCCAGAUCUCCAGAAUGGAGGGGAAGAUCUCUCCCAUGUCCUCCAACACCAAGGACCUCACCCCAGACAGCUACCUGGUGAUGGCCUCACACCACCGCAGCAAGAAAUAAAAGAUGGCCUCACACCACCGCAGCAAGAAGUAAAAGAUGGCCGCACACCACCGCAGCAAGAAGUAAAAGAUGGCCUCACACCACCACAGCAAGAAGUAAAAGAUGGCCGCACACCACCACAGCAAGAAGUAAAAGAUGGCCGCACACCACCACAGCAAGAAGUAAAAGAUGGCCUCACACCACCACAGCAAGAAAUAAAAGAUGGCCGCACACCACCACAGCAAGAAGUAAAAGAUGGCCUCACACCACCACAGCAAGAAGUAAAAGAUGGCCUCACACCACCGCAGCAAGAAGUAAAAGAUGGCCUCACACCACCGCAGCAAGAAGUAAAAGAUGGCCUCACACCACUGCAGCAAGAAGUAAAAGAUGGCCGCACACCACCACAGCAAGAAGUAAAGAUGGCAGCAAUUAAACCGUUGAAAACCCUCCCACUUUCUGGCCAACAGAUUUUCUUGUGGAGUUAUCAUUCAACAGGGUUUUCAGUACAUUUAACUAAAACCAUCCCUUUAAAUACGCUGUACCUUUUAAUUCAAAUUUUGUCAGACUCACUAGAAUACAUGGAGAGAACAGUUCAGAAUAUUAGAGAUCAAUGAAAGAAAGCCAUCUAAAUAUAUAUACAUAUUCUUCUCCUUUUCAGCACCAAUUGGUAGAUUUAAAAAUACUCUGAUCUUGUAUAUUAUUUAGGGUUAGGAAAGUAUACUGAACAAAAAUAUAAAAUGGAACAAUUUCAAAGAUUUUGAUGAGUUAGUGUUAUAUAAGGAAAUCAGUCAAUUGGAAUAAAUGCAUUGGGGCCUAAUCGAUGGAUUUCACAUGCCUGGGCAGGGGCACAGUCAUGGUUGGGCCGGGAAGGGGAUAGGCCCACCCACUUGGGAGCCAGGCCCAGCCAAUCAGAAUGAAUUUUUCCCCACAAAAGGGCUUUAUUAGACAGAAAUACUCCUCUACACACAGCUCUGGUGGACAUUCCUGCAGCCAGCAUGCCAAUUGCAAUUUAAUCAGCUUCUUGAUAUGCCACACCUGUCAGUUGGAUGGAUUGUCUUGGCAAAGGAGAACUGCUCACUAACAGGGAUGUAAACACAUUUGUGCACAACAUUUGAGAGAAAUAAGCUUCUUGUGAGUAUGGAACAUUUCUGGGAUCUUUUAUUUCAGCUCAUGAAACCAACACAUGAAAUGUUGUAUUUAUAUUUUUGUUCAGUGUAUUUCGAAUAAUAAAAAAACUGUUUUGGAUAACUUUUAGGCACAACAUAUAUUGGUGAAUCAAAAAUAGUGAUUAUAUUCAUCCUGAAAGUUGACAUUCAAUUGUUCAAACCAUGAAAUAUUGGAAAGUGGGAAAUGUGUACAAUAGAGGUUGAAAGUAGUCUAUAAAUUAUACCAUUAUCCCCACUAAUCAUGGAACUGUGAUGACAACGGUCCCGUCGUCGUGAACCGUACGCCAGGCUAACCUGCUACGGUGUGGUCGGAGUUACUUAAUGAUUCAAUCAGGCUACAUGUCCUAAAUUACUGCACAACUUGUAACACGUUAGGCUAAUAUGAUCUACUACCGCUAGUGAUUAUCAGGAACAACCACACGAACGUGACAGAGGGGA